AUGAUUUUCCGCCGAUUGAACCGCAAUGCUGCACCUCAAGCCAGUAUUGAAUCCGGUCAAUACACCCUCCACUACCUAAUUCAAGACGACAUUUGCUUCCUUUGUAUCUGCGACCGGUCCUAUCCCCGAAAACUGGCAUUCACUUAUCUCGCCGACCUGGCCUCCGAAUUCACAACCACCUACGCCCAAUCCCAAUAUCUCUCCCCGACCCUUCGCCCAUAUGCCUUUGUCGAAUUUGACACCUUCAUCCAACGCACCAAGAAGCUGUACCAGGAUAGCCGUGCCUCGCAGAACUUGGAUAAGUUGAAUGAUGAACUGCGCGACGUCACCAAGGUGAUGACCAAGAAUAUCGAGGAUCUUCUGUAUCGUGGAGACAGUCUGGAGCGCAUGGGCGAACUAUCCGGCCGUCUACGAGAAGACAGCAAGAAAUACCGCAAGGCUGCCGUGCGCAUUAAUUGGGAAUUGCUGGUCAAGCAGUAUGGCCCUUUCGCCGGCGUCGGCUUCGUGAUCCUCCUCCUGCUUUGGUGGCGCUUCUUUUAA